CUGGCGAGGCGGGGUGCGUGCGGUCCGAGGGCAGAUCGGGGGACCUGGCGUGGCCCUGCCCGCAGCCGGCGGCGAUGGGCGAGGCGAGCCCCGUGUGCUCCGGCUACUACAGCCUCAACCGCAGCUUCGUGGAGCCCUUCCAGUGCCCCCGGCGCGGGGACGCGGCCGCGCUCCGCUACUGCUGCGGCUUCGCGGACCUCAAGUACUGCUGCGGGGAGCCGGGCAGCUACUUCCCCUACAAGCACAGCUACAUGUGGAGCCUCAGCAUCGGUGCCCUGAUUGGAUUGGGAAUUGCUGCUCUUGUUUUACUUGCCUUUGUCAUCAGCGUCUGUGUCCUUUGCUAUUUAUUUCUGCAUACAAAGCCUCAAAGAUUAGAUACUGGCCUUAAACUUCAACACCUAGAGGCUUCUUCCACUCAAGAAGGCAACUCAAAGAGGAAAAUCAAAACUCCUAAUUCAAAUGCAGCAUCAAAUUCAACAAAUGAAACAAUCUAUGAAGCUGAGGAUAUAAUUGAGGAAAAAACAAUGGAUACAACACAAAUCAACAUCGUGUAUUAUUAAAAAUCCUGUGUGAUAAAAGCUUACUGGAGAGAUGGAACAGUAAAAAUAAAGUGCAUUUUAAAUACUUCGUAAUAGUACUUUU